AUUGGGUUAAAGUUUGUCCCCUGCAUUGCUCAUAUAAAUAACAACAAUCGAAAUCUGGGUUAGCAUGUGGAGAGAAUACCUGUCAGACAGUUAGCUCAUUUUCAUACACAUUUAAAGUAGUCCGUUUACUGAAUACCUUAUUCGUUUGCUCUGUAAGUUAAGAGAAAACACUCUGCCAGGAACAAGCAGCAGCAUGUCGGUCGACAGCGUGUUUAGGACCCGCUCUCUCGGUGUGGCCGCUGAGGGUCUUCCUGAUCAAUAUGCCGACGGCAAAGCAGCGAAGGUGUGGGAGCUGUAUAUCGGAGACACGCAGAGUAGGACGCAGGAAUACAAAAGCUGGGUGGUGUCUUUGCUGAAAGAGCAAGGGGUGCGGAGAGUGCUGGAUGUAGCCUGCGGAACAGGAGUUGACUCCAUUAUGUUGGUGGAGGAGGGGUUUAAUAUGGUGAGCGUGGAUGCCAGCGACAAAAUGCUCAAGUAUGCACUGAAGUCAAGAUGGGAGAGAAGAAAAGAAGCAGCUUUUGACCAGUGGGUGAUUGAAGAGGCCAACUGGUUGACAUUAUCAGAGGAUAUUCAGAAACCAGGGGAUGGCUUUGACGCUGUUAUCUGCCUUGGCAACUCAUUCGCCCACUUACCAGACUUUAAAGGUGACCAGAGUGACCAAAAGCUGGCCCUUCAGAACAUUGCCAGUAUGGUCAGACCAGGUGGGAUCCUUAUCAUUGACCACCGUAAUUACGACUAUAUCCUGGAGACCGGCCGGGCGCCACAAGGCAAAAAUAUCUACUAUAAGAGUGAUCUAACUCAGGACAUCUCCACUUCGGUGCUGUGGGUCAACAAUAAGCCCCAUAUGAUCACUCUGGACUACACCAUCCACGUGCCCCAGGCCACCCUCCGCAAUCUCCCUGAAGUCAGUAAAUUCCGUCUGUCCUAUUACCCUCAUCGUCUGGAGAGCUUCAAAUCUUUGCUGAAAGAGGCCUUCAACUGCAAAAUGGAGCACAGCGUCUACGGAGAUUUCAAGACGUACGUCCCUGGCCAGACCCAGGCCCCGUGCUACUUCAUCCAUGUCUGUAAGAAGACAGCCUAAGAGCCCUACCCACCAACUUGUUACACACACUGCUAGGAAAAUAAUAGCUGUCUGUCCUCUUUAAGUUCUAGCAUGCUCCCACUGUCCUCCAGAUUUUGGCACUCUUAUAUUUGAAUAUGUUUUUAAAAAAUCUCAGAUUUCUUUUAAAAGAAAAAAAUUAAGCAACAGUUUUUUCCCUCAGGAAUGCUGAAAAGUACACAAGAUCUACUUAAUAUUUUGGUAGAUUUUAGUACAUUUUGGUCACUUUGCCUGUUAAAGGUUCAUUAUCUAGGAUUUAGUGGCAUUAUAUAAUCAUUAUAUAAGAAAACGCAUUGUCAUUGAUUUCAGUAGGAACAAUUGGUUGAUUCUGAUCUCUCUUGACUUAAACACCAGUGUGUUCCUUAAACUCUCAAGUAGUAACAAAAAGGUCAAACCUGGUUUGGAAAAUAUAUUUCAAAUGUAUCGGACCACUGUUUUGCCCAUAUCUGGUAUUUUCCCAACGUGCUAUGUUGCUUUUGUGUUUUCCUCGUUUCUGUUUCCCCCCUGCUUCCUGCCUCUCUGAACUUUGAUAUCCACAAUGAACAUGUUUCAAAACGGUGCUGUACAUUAGUGAUGUUCCUCAUGACGGAAUACUCAAUAUGAAUCACCAGUAAUGUACAAAGUGCUUAGAUAUAUUCUUAGACAUUUGUAUUUUGUAAGUUUACCACAGGAGUCUUAAAAACACAGAUAAAGCAUCUGUGUUUUGUGAAUACGGUAGCCUUUCUCUUUCAUGUAUUUUUGAACUGGAAAAGGAAAAAAGCUAAUCUCAUUCUGGCCUACUGCCUUCUUUUUAAGUUCAGGCAAAUCAAAUCGUGCACUGCACGAUGGCAGUUUGAUGUCAUUAACCUUACUUUUAUGACAGUCCCCUCAAGUUCAACUUCAUUUUGCGCAAUUGUAAUUUUGCACAGUUAUUGACGUUACUUAAAUAAGAAAAGCUGAAGGGAAGGUUGUGAAGCACCUUGACACCUUGAAAUGCCUGGUUAACCUGUAUGUAGUGUCACACAGGUCAAAACAAGAAGCACCUGACUGUCAGUCCAGUCAAGAUUCAUCCACCCUGAAGUGUCCUUGACUACCUCACCAAACCCUACCAGCUCUGGUAGGGGUUGACCUCUCUGAAGCUGACAAAAAAAAAACAAUCAUUUUCCACUAAAGCAUGCUCUUGCAUAUUUGAAUGGAAAUUGCCUUUUUCUUCUUUAACUGAUUUGUCUUAUUUUAUGGAACACUUUAGGUUGACUUUAUUUUUGUCCUAUUGAGGAUUCAUCCAAAACUACUAACAGAAUUUUUUUAGGAAUACAUAAAAAGCCAGUGUCUCUAAGCUGGGUUUAGCAAACUGGUUAAAAAUGCAUUACAGCAAACAGUUGCAUAAUGCAAACCCAAUCAACCAAAGAUGUUUGAAAAGUUUUUUGCUCAAUCUUGGAAAUUUUGGUCAAAAGUAGGACACACUCGAAUGUUAUUUAAUUGUGCUGCACAGUACAUGUCUCAAAUAAUUGAGUUUACCCAAAUAAUGAGAGGAACAUGAUGGAGAAACCAUUUACUCUGCUGUAUUUUCCAGGUUCAAAUACACUUUGCUUUGAUACCAAAAGAAAAAUGUGUUUUUCAUUGGAAUGAGAAAGGAGCUCUACCAGAGAGAAAUCAAAUAUUAUCACUACCCCUGCUGUUUGCAUGGUGCAUUCAAAUGUUGUGCCAGUGCAUCUUGUAGACAGUGUACGGUACGCUGUAGUUUGUGAUUGAGAUCAACAGUAGGUUCAGAAUGCGGUAAGAAUGGCAUUUGAAUGGGUUUGAAAGUUUAUGUAGAGAUAAAACUAUUUCAGAACAGUCUUAUUAUGUUGCCCAAAAAAAAGGUGUAAAAACAUUUCAUAAUGAACAAUGAUUACUGGAAUUCUUUUGCAUGAAAUAAAAUAAUUGAAAUAAGUAA